GGCGCUGCGGGUGCGGGGGGGCGGAGGGAGCCGGGCGGCCUCUCCGCAUUGUGCGGCCGCGCCGCUGCCAGGAGCUCGUGUGCGCCUGGGGACGGGCCGCGCCUCCACCGCCGAGCGUGGCGCCUCCGCGCUGCUGGCUGCGCGCAAGGAGGCUCUGCAUUGACGUCACAAUGACAUGGUGAAGCCGAAGACAGGAGCUGGGAACAGUUCUUCUGCCUCACUUUUGAUAAUCGAGUGAAUUUGUCGCCGUUCCUUCCAGCAUGGCUAAGAGCGCAGAAGUGAAGCUGGCAAUCUUUGGUCGAGCUGGCGUGGGCAAGUCAGCUCUUGUUGUACGCUUCCUGACCAAACGGUUCAUCUGGGAGUAUGACCCGACACUAGAGUCUACAUAUCGUCACCAAGCUACCAUUGACGAUGAAGUGGUUUCCAUGGAGAUACUAGAUACAGCUGGUCAGGAGGAUGCUAUUCAGAAAGAAGGACAUGUGCGAUGGGGUGAAGGCUUUGUGCUGGUUUAUGACAUCACGGACAGAGGCAGCUUUGAGGAGGUGCUGCCACUCAAGAACUUGUUGGAUGAAGUUAAAAAGCCAAAAAAUGUCACACUGAUCCUGGUGGGGAACAAAGCAGAUUUGGAUCACUCCAGGCAGGUCAGCACAGAGGAAGGUGAAAAGCUGGCCACAGAACUAGCAUGUGCUUUUUAUGAGUGCUCUGCUUGCACAGGAGAGGGCAACAUUAUGGAGGCCUUCUAUGAGCUCUGUCGUGAGGUACGGCGUCGAAAGAUGGUCCAGGGCAAGACUCGGAGACGGAGCUCCACCACCCACGUCAAGCAGGCAAUUAAUAAGAUGCUUACCAAAAUCAGCAGCUAAAAAGAGCUGUACUAAGCCAGAGAAGCAUUGUAGAGCAUACUAGCUUGGAGUAGGGAUGAGUCAAGCAGAACACAUUUAAUUAAAAUGGUCAAAGCUUUGCAAUUAAAAAAAAAAAUAAAAAAAAAAGACAAACCACACCACUUUUUUGAGUAACACAGGGUCAGACUUUUUUCCUGGUUUGAAAUGUAUUUAGCCACACUGCUUCUGGCUAAUGUGGGAAAAGAAAAACAAACAAACAAAAAAAACUCCAAAGGACAAGAUGAUUGUGGGGAUUGGCACUGACAGAGCGUCUUCUGCUUCUACAAGGCUGGCUCCAAUCCCCUGCAAGUCUGUAGUGCCUAAUCAUUUCCAGCCAGCCAGCUGCUCAGUAGCCAUUGGAGAGUAAGAUUCAGCCCUCAGUUGAUCAACAACCGUCACAACGGGUGUUCUCAAGGACUGAAUACAUGUAAAGGCUGCUGUGUGGUACCAGAAAGUUUAUCUGACAGCUUUCACCAGCUCUAAAUUGAUGCAUUGUGUGCUUUUACUCCAAACUGUCUUUCCUUGUUGUUAUUUUUGUCAAAUCUAUGAGUGCUGAUGUUCUUCUCAGAGUAUGCAAAGAAUAGAGGAAAGGUCUAUUUCAUGGAGUGUUCAGCCAGCAAGACACACAUUUCAAUAGAGCUGAAGUUCAGCUGCUUUUCCAGAUCCUCUGAAAUUGCAGAAUUCAUAAAGAAAUAAUCAGCUAGUCCAGUGGCAUUUCAGCAUUUCCCCCUCAAAGUGCAGUGCUGUACUUGGGGAAAUGGGAGUGUAUGUGUUGGGAAAUCAAACUAAAAAAAUGACCAUAUUACUCUUGAUUUAGUUAUGGGUAGAUUUUAGCUUUUGUUUACAAUUUUGUUUUGGUCUUACUUCAGUUUACUCUAUUUUGUACUGCAGAAUUGAAUCCUUGGGAAGGGAAGAAUUUAAAGUCUAAGCCCAAAUGUAAAUCAGAUGUGAAUGACCUCUACCAUGUCAGAAGGCCAUAAUUCCCAGCUGUUUAAACUUUCAGAUGUUGCUUGAAGCACUCUAUGGUUUAAACCAGCACAGGGGUUUUUGUGACUUUUAUCUGGCACACUGAAGUGAAAGUGCAUUUUAUCAGAUUUUAGUGCCUGGGGUAAAAAGUGUCCGGUUUUUACUCUCCCUUCUUCUCUCUCCUGCAUCUCAUUUAAGCCAGCUGUUAAGUUUUGCCUCCUGUCUACUUGUUAACUGUAUUCUAAGAGAUGCAAGAACCAAGAAUGGAAGAUUUUCAUUCAGAUUGUGCUGAUCUCCCACCAGCUGUGUUGCAUCCCUUCAGGCAGCAUGGUGUGCAGCUCAGACUGUCAUCAUGUAAAACCACAGCCAAAGGUUGGGAUGACAAAUGGGAUUAUUAGUAGUAUUCUCCUCUGAGGAACAGCCCGCUUUUAGGAACUGCUUACAGCUUUAUUCUCCUCUGUUUUGUACUUUAAAUGGUUAUUUGCCUCUGUGAGGAAGUAAGACCAAAAGGCUAUCAACCACACCUGUAGAAGAGUGAGGAUAUCUGGUUGGAUAGCACUUUAUACAGUUACAGGUAGUCAUAUAAGUGGUAGCCUGGAGAAUCAAGCACUUACAUCCCUGUCGACAGAGAAAAGUCCCAAGUCAGGGCUUUUUUUCAAAAGUAUUAUCUUAAAGAUACUUUACCAAAGUAAUUUCUGAAAACAUUUUCUUUUACCCAACCAGCAUCAAAGUACAUCACAUUCAGACAUAUAUUUUAUUUGUGCUGUUGUUUAUUUUCUCUGUUUCCCCUAUUCUAGAUAGUGAAAACUCAUUUCACUCCCCUGGAAUCCAUGUCUAUAUUUUGGUCCUCAUAUUCAGGUAUGUCAGCAUACAUCAACUAGAUGCACUGCAGUGGAAACUUCACCAUGUACUUCUGGGAAGAACUCUGACACAACUGUUCCCAAACUAUUUGUCAUAUCUUUUAACUUUUGGGGUGGGAGAGAGGAGAGAGAGAUUUUGCCAAUUUUAGUCCUAUUAGUAAUACAGAAUCAAUACAAGUGCUAAAGAAAGGGUAGUGCCUGUUCAUGCACGAAUAGUCAUUAGCUAAAGGUCUGAACUUGCAAAUGUGUAUCUUACAACAUUAGGAGCCAGAGUGAGGGUUUGCAAGCUGAGGCACCGAGUCAUUCUGUUAUCUUUCAAAUCAGUGCUGUUGCAUGAAUCUGAAGUAGACAAAGUCCUUACCUGAAAUCCCAUGGCAACAUAGCUGAGAAGAAAGUCUUUAUGUUGGUGUGCUAAGCAAUUGGUGUAUUCCUCUCUAAGAGAACUUCAGCAGUUCUUGUAUCUGAAAACCUUUCUUGGGCUUCAGAGCUGAGCUGCAUUUAAAAACACAAAAUGGCAAGGUAUGAACGACAAGAGAAAAUAAAUUCAUCAUAUUCAUAUUAUGAGAGUUGAAAGGAAGGAGAAGCUAAGUUAAGGCCCUAAUACUUUCCAAAAGAAUCCCAGCAAAUUAUUUUUUCUUUUAUGAUGUUUGUAUGGAGAAAUUACAAGAUCCUGGUGAAAGAAAAUGUUCCACUCUGCAAACAUGACUUGUUACAUAAAGAACCUCUAAUAAAAAUAGUAACAUUCCUUUACAAAGACUGAAUUUGGAAACUGCCAAACAAGAUAAAUACUUGGUCAAAAAGUAGACUGCAAUUUUGUGACCUUCCCUCCCACAAAAACACAAAUUUCUUUAUUUAAUUGAUUUUUUUUUUUUUUUAAUCUUGGGUGCAAUGGGCUCCUUGUCAAGCCUGUUAUAAUAUAGUAUAUUAUAAUCUGCUGGUACAUACUACAUACUAUUAAAAGCAAUCUGAUUUA